AUGGCCCCGAACGUUAAGCAGGCCGCGCGCUCUGCCGACACGGGCACCUCGGUCCGCGCUCGCUCUCGGCACGACCCGCAAGACCCGACCCGCAAGACGGUGUACAAGCCCGUCCUCGCCAAUCCGCUCACCGUAGACUGGCCUCCGCUCCCCGCCUCGGUUCGCCGCGCCAUCCUCGACCAGCUCCUCGCCGUACUCGCCGACUCGACCACCAGCUCGGCCAAGUCCAUCUCGGACUGGCGCCUCGACGAGCACGCCCGCCGCCGGGGCAACUCGCGCCGCGGCCUCGGCGACGUCGAAAUCCAGAGCAAGGACAAGGGCAAGGGCAAGGACGCGCCGGCCAUGAGCGUAUCCAGCGACGACAACAAGGUGACAGCGCCGACCGUCGCGACCCACACGCUCACGACCCGCUCGUCGUCGACCUACUCGAUCCCUUCCUCCCAGCCGCACCCUCCUCCUCCCACCUCCGCCGCGCCCUCCGAGCUCGCCCCGCCCAUCCUGUCGCACCUCGUCCUCGGCAUCAACGAGGUGACGCGCGCGCUCGAGACGCGCAUCCGCUGGGGCCGCUGGGAUCUCGGCGACCGCGACGCCGCGCCGUCGUCGUCCCUGUCGCUGCCGCCGCCGCCCGAGCCUCGCGCGGGCCGCCACCGCCGCCGCAAGUCGACCAAGGGCAAGGACCAAGGCGCGGCCCCGGCCGUCAUCCCGGCCUCGGCUACCCGCCCGGCGCCGCAGCCCCUCCCGCUCGCCGACCACCCGGCCUACGCGUUCCUCCGCUCGCGCCGCACGCCCAAGCCCUCCCUCGACCGCCGUCCGCCGUACGUCGUCGUCGCGGGUGACGCGCAGAGCGAGCGAGGCGUGCGGCUCCUCGUCAACUCGGACGCGCGGCGCGUGAGCGGGUCGUCGGCGCGAGCAAGGACGGCUGCGGUGGAUGAGGGCGCGCUCCUGCCGACGCAGCCGAGCGCGGCGGCUCCUGUCGUCGGCAACGGCGACGUCGACGUUGCCGACGCGAUGGACACGGACGUCGAGCCCGAGACGAGCGCGCCGGCGCCCGCACCCGCAGCCGCGCCGACCCCUUCCCCGCCGCCGACUGUCCCCAUCGUCGACCUCGUCCUCGUGUGCCGCCCCGACAUCAACCCGCCGUCGCUCGUCGCCCACCUGCCGACCAUGGUCGCGGCGGCCAACGGCGUCCAGAGCGCGCUCGACGGCGUGCUCGCCUCGAGGAGGAGCGAGCGGGAGGCGGGCAAGGGGGACGGCGAGGACGAGAAGAAGAAGGGCGCAGCGAGGCCCGAGAUGCGCAGCGUCAGGCUCGUGCAGCUCGAUGUCGGCGCUGAGCGCAAGCUGGCCGAUGCGCUCGGCCUGAGGAGGGUCGCCGUGAUCGGGCUUUCGUCUCGCGCACCUGGAACGGCGCCGCUCCUCGACCUCAUCGCCUCGCACCUCCCGACGCCGCUCUCGGCGCCAUGGCUCGUCCCUCAUCUGCUCCACCCUCCCUCUUCCGCCUCGACCACCGCCAGCACUGCGACUGCCACUGCCGCACCGACGAGCCGCUUCGCGCCGACGGCGAUCAAGCACCUCAAGACGUCGGCGCCGCUCAACCCGCGCCAGGCCGUCGUCGCCAAGAAGGAGACGCGGCGCCGCAAGCGGGAGGACAAGGCGGAGCGGCUGGGCAAGAGGCGCAGGGGCGAGGAUGGGGCGAGUGGGAGUGGGAGCGCGAGGGAGAGCGAGGUGUACGUGGCGGAGGACUGA